AUGGCUCCCCUCAGAAACUGGAGUUCCUCCUCUCCCACCUUCGUCCUGGGGGGCAUCCGAGGACUGGAGGCCAGCAGCCCCUGGGUCUCCCUCCCUUUCUGCUUCCUCUACGCCAUGGCCAUCUUGGGAAACACUGCUGUCCUCCUUGUGAUUGUGAAGGACCACAACUUACACAAACCCAUGCACCUCUUCCUCUGCAUGCUGGCAGUGAGCGAGCUGGGGGUCUCCCUCUCCACCCUCCCCACCGUGCUGGGCGUCUUCCUCUUGGACCUCCAGGAGAUUGGCCUUGGCGCUUGCCUCAGCCAGAUGUUCUUCAUCCACUGCUUCUCCAUCAUGGACUCGGGGGUGCUCUGGGCCAUGGCCCUUGACCGCUUCAUCGCCAUCUACAACCCACUGCAAUAUGCCACCCUCCUGACCGCCGGCCGGAUCGCCCUGAUAGGCUCGGGCAUUGCGGUGAAAAGCAUCGUCUUGCUUGUCCCACUGCCUCUUCUCAUGAGGAGGCUACCCUUCUGUGGGGCGAAUGUGCUGGCUCACCCCUAUUGCCUGCACCCCAACCUGAUCCGUCUCCCGUGCGCAGACACAACCCUCAACAGCCUCUAUGGCCUCUUUGUCCUGCUCUGCACUUUUGGCCUGGAUUCCCUUUUCAUCGUCCUGUCCUAUGCCCUGAUCCUGAAGACCGUCCUGCGCAUCAGCUCCAGAGAAGGUCACCUGAAGGCCCUCAACACUUGCGUCUCCCACAUCUGUGCAGUGGUGGUUUACUACACCCCAAUGAUCGGCCUCUCCAUGGUGUAUAGAUUUGGCCGGCAUACGUCCCCUCUGGUGCGCUCCCUCCUGGCCCACAUCUACCUCCUGGUUCCUCCGCUACUGAACCCCAUCAUCUACAGCAUCAAAACAAAAGAAAUACUCAAAGCUUUGGGCAAAGUCUUCUCACCCUAG